GCCCUUGUAUUACCACGUUGCUCCGGGAUUGAGGCCGUCACGGUUGGCGCCCUGCACCGCUGCCGCAAUGGCAGCGCGGGCCGAGAACGAGCCGGCCGCCGGCUCACCACUGUCUCGCCGCAACGCCCAUUCGGAGCGCGUGAGGCAGCUGAGGUUUGCUCUGGAGGAGGAGGAGCGGGCAGUGGCCGCGUGCGACUUGGAGCUGCAGGCGAUGGAAUCCAGCCCCACCGACGCGCCGCCGGUGCCCCCGACGCGCUCCGUCCGCGCGCUGCUCGCGCUGACGUCGCCCAUGUACGGCAUCGGGAUCGCAUGGGGGGCGCAGUACGCCAAGGUGACUCCGAUCCUGCAGCAGCUCGGCCUCGCCCCGUGGUUGCUCUCGGUGGCGUGGCUCGCGGGGCCUGUCUCUGGCCUCGUCGUGCAGCCGCUCGUUGGGCAGGUCUCCGACCGCACCCACUCCGAGUCGCGCUUCUUCCCCGGCAAGCGGCGGCUCUGGAUGUGGUGCGGCAUGCUCGGCCUCUCCCUCUCCUCCAUCACGAUGGCCUUUAGCCCAAACAUCGGCCUACUCCUCGGCGACCCCGACGAUGCCGCCCUCCUCGCCGAGACGGCACUCCCCGAGACCGGCUCGGGCGCCGCCCACGCGCUCCCGCCCGCGGAGCUGGGGGAGCUGCUGAACGGUGAGCUCGAGGCGACCCUCUCGGAGGGUGGGGGCUACCACCCGGCGGCUCUGUGGGUCGCGAUCGCCUCCUUCUGGGCGGCCGACUUCUUCCUCAACGCGCUGCAGGGACCCGCGAGGACGCUCGUGGUCUCGGGCUUCUUCUUCGGCUCGCUCGACUGGUCGUCCUUCUUUGCGCCCGGCGAAACCAACCUACUCGUCGAUGCGCACGUGCUUCCGGGCCGUCGCGCCCUCUUCGCCGACUGCCGCGCCAUCUUCGCCUUCUCAAUCGCUGCGAUGGCGGCGACGCAGCUCGCCAACCAGCUGAGCUUUGUCGAGCCGCCACCCCAUCCGCGCGCACUGGCGACGCCGCUGACGGCCAAUCCGCUACGGCCGCUGAUCGACUCGCUGCGGCGGAUCCCGUCGAUGCCGCGGAGCCGCUCCACUAGAUGCGGCUUGCAGACCCGUGAUUGCGUCGGCAGUCGAGAGGACACCUAUUCGGUUGAGUGGUCUCAGCUGCCUUCGGCGAUCAGCCAUGUUCGUAGCACCUGGCACGUGCGCGCCACCUUUGCCACACUCUUCUCCAUGUUCGUCGGCUGGUUCAUCACGUGGAUGUACCUUCCUGCCUUUAUGGGCGGGUCCGUCUACGGCAUGACUCUCGCCUCGCUCGUCACGCUGGUCUUCCUCUGCCUUGAGCUUAUGCACACGCUGCUGCUGAUCCUCCUCGGCACCAGCAUCGCCACCCCCGGCCCCGCGAUCGCCGCGAUCGCCGCCCUCGGACUGCCCUUUGCUGGCCGCCGACCCAUCAUGCCCCGCUUCCUCGUCAUCCCCUAUGCCAUCGUCGGCCGCGCCGCCGCUGAGUCCUCCGGCGCAGGGGUAGAUGGGCGACACUGGACGCGCGCGGGGCAGUACAUGGCGACGAUGAACCUUUUCCUCUGCCUGCCCGAGCUGCUCGUCUCUCUCGUGAUCGGCCCCGCCGCGUCGGCUUCGGGAUCGAUGCGCCUACCCCUCCUCGUCGGCAGCGUCUGGUGCGCCGUGGCUGCAGCUGUGAUUCACACAUACCUCGUGCGCACCACGCCGCAGCAGCGGCGCGCCUCGUGCAAGCGCUAUGUCAAGAACAAGGCGGCGGCGGCCAAGAAGCGCGCGGCGGGCGAGGGGGACGGGGCGGAGCUGCUUGCCCAAAAGGCGGCGGCCGACGCGGGCGCGUGGACGGUCGCCCGCGGGGAAGGCGAGUCGCCCAAGGCGGAAGACCACCCCCCCGCGUGGGUGAGGCCUGCCGGGGCACCAGACGAUUGGGCAGAGACUUGACCAACGUGCCGCCACUCUCUGUAUCAUGUCUGGCCACGGUGUUUUGUUUGUGUCCGCGAGCGCGAAGCGGCGAAGCGCGGGGUGUCCCCAUUCCUUCCCUUUGUGUGAUUUGUGAUUUGUACGUUUAUUUUGCGAGGCGCCAGACGCGUGCCCUCCGUUAGGCCU